UACAUACAUCUUUAAGUUAAAAAUGUACAUAAGAACUUUGUAAUUAUAAGAAAAGAAAAAACAAAUACUCGUACUCGUACAGCAUCACAUCGCGGCCGGUAUCGUGUUUAUCAUUGCAAAAACAGGUAUUUGAAAGCAAAAAAGAAAAAGCCCAAGUGACGUGACGCGAAGAAAACCCGCCUUUGAAGAGUACGACAAAGUCAACGUGUGACUGUUUCAGCGUGCUGUGAAGUGCAGAACAGAAGCAGAGAUAAAUCUUAACAAAAUGCGGGGAAUUUUUCUGGCACUAAUAAUUGGCCUUGCAGCGACACAGGCAGAGCGCUUAUACAGCCAGAGCAGUUAUUUAUACGAACAGCACGAGCAGAGCCGAGGCCAACCACAAUAUGACGCACAACAAGAUAUGUACACCAGAACAGAAACACAAUCCUCGAAAGUUUUAUCGCUCAGCUCAACACACCGAAGUAGUGCAACCGUGCAGACUAGUAUAAAUGAUGGCAGAUCAUCACCAGCAGCCCGACCAGAUUCAGCCAUCAAUUUUAAAUAUCCCGGAAAACCAGCAAAGGCAGGUCAACCACUUUUGCAGGCAUAUUCACCACAUGGAACCGCAUUUUCUGAUAGAAAUCCAGUUUGGGAUAGUACAACCACAACAAGUCCAUAUCAAAACAACCGUCAACCAAUUAAAACGGCUACUGCCUUCCAAAAUCCACAAAGUGUGAGAAUUAACAAUAAGAAUUUCAAUACCGAACUCUUUCAAAGUGUUGCUCGUGCAUAUCCCGAAUAUAAUGUCGUAUAUUCGCCCAUUUCACUGCAAUUGUUGUUAGCCUUCCUCGCUAUUGGCUCCAAUGGCUCCACCUAUGAUCAGUUGAAGUUUGCACUUGGGCUACCCAGUAGACUAGAGGCUGAUAAACAUUUUAGUGACUUACGACAAAGUCUCCAGCAACCUCCCGCUGCACAGCUGAUAAUGGCGAAUAAGAUGUAUUUUAACAACCGACUAAGAUUGCAUCCGAGCAUACACGAACGUGCCACGUACUAUGGCGUUGAAGUUGAAGGUAUCGACUUUAACUCACCACCCGCGGCUGCGUCAAGUAUUAACUAUUGGGUUGCACAAAAAACCCUUAACAUUAUUCCCCAACUAAUUUUGCCGGCACAAUUAGAUGAACAGACGCAGGCGAUGCUUGUCGGUGCGAUACACUUCAAGGCCAAAUGGGCGAAAGAGUUCUCUAAGCGUGAUACGGAGAAACAAAAUUUCUAUGUGACACCGACGCGUUCAAUUUCAGUCGAUAUGAUGUAUGCUGAUGAUACAUUCCGUUAUAGUGAGUUUCCCGAGUUGGACGCCGCCGGUUUGGAAUUACAAUAUGCAAACUCAAAUAUUUCAAUGAUGAUAUUAUUGCCGAAAAAGCGUAACGGUUUGGCUGAGAUGGAGCAACGUUUGCGUAAUACCGAUUUGAAUAGGUUGUCGGCGCGUAUGCAGCCUGAAACGGUAACAUUGCGUCUGCCAACAUUUCGUGUGGAGUUCGAGUUGGACAUGCGAAGAGCGCUAGAAGAGCUUGGUAUCAGCGAUAUUUUCACCAAUCGUGCCGAUUUGAAAGGUUUCUUUUACGGUCAAGAGGUUGGUGUAUCACAAGUGCAACACAAGGCCUUUCUCGAUGUCAAUGAGGCUGGUUCAGAAGCGGCAGCAGCAACAUUUAUCAAGCUAAUACCACUCUCACUACCCAAUCGCAUUAUAGAAUUCACAGCUGACCAUCCAUUUAUGUUCGCCAUAAGGAGUCCGCAGGCAGUCUUAUUCAUUGGACAUGUCGUUAAUAUAGAGUCAUUCUUCGUUGCGCUCAGUCGCAUCUUCGUGCUCCAGACGAUCACCGCCAAUGCACCGGCCCUUACAGCAAAAUUAGCCAGCGAUCGUUUCGCCUUGGCGCUCACCACGGCGCUAGGCUUGCAGUCACCUGCAGAAAAUGUGCUCAUCUCACCAGUGUUGGCGCAGGCUAUGCUUACACUACUCUCUUAUGGCGCAGACGAACAGCAGGCUGCUGCUCUCCGCGCUGCAUUACAUUUACCGCCUGGUGAGCGGAAACAAACUGCGACACUAAACAUGUCACUGCUUUUGAGCUCAGCCAAAACGCUAGCGCAACAAAAUGUACAUUUGGUGAGCGCCAUCUAUGUGCAGGAGCAUGUUUUGUUCAAAUUUCAAAAGGAAUUCUCGGAAAUGUCAACGGUGCAUUUUGAAACACCUACGAAAAUGUUGAAUUUCAAUCGUAAGACACUCGAUGAGCUCAACUAUUGGUUCUUGCAGCAAACCAAUUAUACCAGCGGUGAAGUGAUCCAGACUGAGUUGGCCGAAUUGCGUGAUCGCUUUAUUUUGGCGAGCGCCGCGGUAUUGCAUGCACCAUGGGCGGUGGGUUUUAAUGUGAAAGAGACGGAGAAAUUGAAUUUCUUUAACGAUCGCACGAAACAUAAAUUAGUCGAUUGCAUGUUUGUGACACACAAAUUUCGUUAUGCGGAUUUGACGCAUUUGGAUGCUAAGUUAGUAGAGUUGCCGUAUGCGAAUCAGACGCUGAAGCUAUGGCUGCUGUUGCCCAACGAAUUGGACGGUUUGGCGCAACUUGAGGAGAAAUUGCUGCAUGAAGAUCUCAACAAAAUCGAGGCGCAGUUGAGUGAGCAGAAAAUUGUGCUGACGCUGCCGAAAUUCCGUGCCGAAUAUAAUGUGGAUCUCAAAGGUGCGCUAAGUGCGCUGGGCUUUGCUAGCAUUUUCGAUGGCGCAACGAAAUUCACGCAUAUGUUCACCUCCUUUUUCAAUACCCGCUCACCAGCUGUGACGAAUGUGCCCCACAAAUCGGUCUGGCGUGUGGAUGAAGAAGGCGUCGCUGGCAGUGAAGAGGAGUUUUUUUUCAUCGCAUUGGUCACGCUGGGCAGCUGCCUGCUGCUGGGUGAUGCCGCCACCGUUGGUAAUACUGAGUCCACUGAACGUAAUCUCUUCGCCAGUGAUAUUUAUCAGGCUGUCGCCUCGAACCAUUUGGGUGAGGAUGUUGUGAUCGCACCUGCGGCCAUACAAACCGCAAUGGCCUUGGCCUUCUUCGGCGCAAAGGGACGUACAGCAAGCGAAAUUCAAGCAGGCAUACGUCUCGGUUCGGCCAAUUCCGAUGAGGUAGUGCGUCGCUUUAGCGCUUAUCAAAGCGCCUUUACGCGCAGCAACAAUAUGCGUCUGUUCAAUAAGAUAUAUAUAAAUGAGAAUUUGGAAUUCAAAGCAAAUUUCCGUGAUGUCGCGCGACGCAGUUUCGAUUCGGAUCUGGAAACAGCCGAUUUUCAUCCACCCUACAAUAAACGCACCGCCGAACGCAUCAACAAAGAGGUGGAGCAGAAGACUUUGAACAAAGUCACGAAUAUACUGCAACCCCAACAGUUGAACGAUCUGACUGAGGGUGUGAUGGUGAAUGGUGCGGCGUAUACCGCUCCUUGGUUGAACGCUUUCAAGGCCGACAAAACGGAGCGUCGCGAAUUUUCAUCUGGCGGACGUCGUUCGGUCAAAGUGGAUAUGAUGUGGACGGUGAACAAUUUCCGUUAUGGCGAAGUGAAUGAAUUGGAUGCGAAGGUGAUCGAAUUGCCCUAUCAGAACACUGAAUACUCUAUGCUCGUGGUGUUGCCGAAUCAAAUGAAUGGUCUGCCUGGUCUCGUGCAACGUUUGGUGGGCAAGAAUUUGGUUGGACUCGUCGAUAGUCGCUUGAGCUCGCAGAAGGUGGAGGUGCGUUUCCCUAAAUUCGGCUUCGAAUUCGGCGUCAACUUGGAGGAGCCCUUCCGGCAGCUCGGGGUGACAACCAUGUUUACACGUCAAGGCGACUUUGGUAGUAUGUAUCGCAUGUUUGUCAGUCAUUAUAUCAACAGCGCUAAUCACAAGGCUUAUGUGGCGGUAACUGAGGACGGCUCUGUGCCAUCAUUGGAAUCUGGCGGCAUAAAGAGCUUCCUGACAUUCUCGCGUCCGAAACAAAUCGAAGUGAAUCAUCCAUUUGUGUUUGCCAUUAAACAUGAAGACUCAAUUAUAUUCAUGGGUCACGUUACAAAUAAUGUUUAG